AUGGCCGGCCUCAAUGCGCUCUUCCGGCCCGUGCCGCUCUUCGGCGCCGCCGCGCUUCUCCGCGUCGGCAUGCUCUUCUAUGGUCUCUGGCAAGACGCCAACUCGGCAGUCAAGUACACCGAUAUCGAUUAUCUGGUUUUCACCGAUGCCGCCCGCUUCACAGCGCAGGGGCGCUCACCUUACGACCGCGAGACCUACCGCUACACGCCUCUUUUAGCAUGGAUGCUCGUUCCGACCGCCUGGGAGGGAUGGUUCUCAUUCGGGAAAGCGGUUUUCGCUGUAGCGGACCUUUUGGCGGGAUGGCUGAUUGUGCGCAUUCUGAAGAGUCGCGGCGUCGAUGAGGGAAGGGCUUUGAAGUUUGCCAGCAUCUGGCUUCUCAACCCCAUGGUUGCGACAAUCAGCACGAGAGGAAGCUCCGAGGGUCUACUUGGUGUGCUGGUGAUGGCACUCUUAUGGGCCGUUUUGGAGAAACGGACCGCAUUGGCUGGUCUGCUGCUCGGCUUUGGAGUGCAUUUCAAGAUCUACCCAUUCAUCUACGCACCGGCAAUCGUCUGGUGGAUGGAUGAUGAGACCCUGGGACGAAAGGGGGCUGAGGGUGCGAAGUCUCUUCCUGAUGUCCUUGUCAACUUCUUGAAUCCGGGGAGGGUAAAGCUGGCUGCCGUCAGUCUUGCAACAUUCAUGGGUCUGAACAUUGCCAUGUUCGAAAUCUACGGCACCCCGUUCUUGGUGCAUACCUACUUUCAUCACGUCACUAGGAUAGACCACAGGCAUAACUUCAGCCCGUAUAACAUCCUUCUCUACCUCAACUCGGCACUGCCAUCCACAGCGACCAUCAAGGUUGAGUCUGUGGCAUUCUUCCCUCAGAUUCUGCUCUCGACCAUACUCAUCCCUCUCGUUCUGGCGAAGAAGGAUCUCGCAACUUCAAUGAUGGCGCAGACUUUUGCAUUUGUUACCUUCAACAAAGUCUGUACCAGCCAGUACUUCCUCUGGUACAUGGUCUUCCUCCCGCUCUACCUUCCCAAUUCUGCAUUUCUGAAGAGCCCGAAGCUGGGAGUGACGGCGCUGGGUCUUUGGGUUGUUUCUCAGGCUGCAUGGCUGCAGCAGGGAUUCCAACUCGAGUUUUUGGGAUACAGUACGUUCUUCCCGGGCCUUUUUGCUUCCUCGGUGGGAUUCUUCUUGGUCAACUGCUGGAUCCUAGGUGUCAUCAUUGGUGACGGAGCCGACACGGCGAACACUGUCAAGACCAUUAAGGCCAAGAGUUGA